CUGUGCUGCGACAGAGCACGAAUCGAGGGCGGGCAGCGUAUCUUGGAUCUGGCUAUGGCGGACUGGUUUUGUAUAUCGCGCAAAGGUUUCCUUCCUGCCAGAUUACUUCCAUAUCCGAUUCGAGAGUUCAAACUGAGCACAUCCGAGAGGAAUGCAGAAAAAGAGGCCUGGUAAACGUUGAGGCAAUUGAUUGCGACAUAACAAGCACCAAAAUCACGCAGACUUUCGACAGGAUCUUCUGCAUCGGCGUUUUCGAGCACAUGACAAACUAUCAAAAGUUUAUGAAGAUAGUCUCCAAUCUUAUGAAUGAAGGAGGUCUCUUAUUCGUGGAACAUGCUUGCCACAAGCUAUUUGCAUACCGCACGACAGCGGGCAACAGGAUGCUGGCAGACGCAUUGCCAUUAUAUUUCCAGGACGAUUUUGUGAUCCUCGAUCACUGGCGAGUAAAUGGAACCCAUCAAGGAAGAUCUUGUGAAGCCUGGAUGAGAAAUCUGGAUGCCAAAUUCGACCAAGUUCACGCCUUGUUUGCAAAGGCCUAUGGAGAGGACAAGGCAAGCAAGAGAUUGGCAGGCUUCAGAUCAAACCUCCUCUUGGGCACGGAAAUGUUCAACUUCAACAAUGGUGAGGAAUGGUUUGUUCACACAAGCUCUUCCAAAAGAGACGCUAAAGUUUCUAAGCAAUGUAGAUUAAAUUGGUAGUAUAG